AGCGUCAGCGGCGCUUCCGGGUAGUUUGUUUUGGUCUGUUGUCCUGACAGCAGCGGCUAGCUUAGAUCCAGGUGAACAUGUCGGCCACAGAGGACGACACCGAGCUGAGGGACCUGCUCAUCCAGAACCUGGAGAACAGCGGAGUUCUGAACAAGCUGAAGGCGGAGAUGAGGGCAGCCGUUUUUCUGGCCAUGGAGGACCAGGACAGGCUGGAGAAGAAAACUCCGCUUAUCAACGAAAACCUGAGGAAAUGCCUCAGCAGCAAAGACGGACGCCUGGUGGCCAGUCUGGUCCUGGACUUCCUGCAGGUGUUCAACCUGGACUUCAGCCUCGCCGUCUUCCAGCCGGAGAUCAACGCGCUGAACGGUCUGGACGGCCGGGAUCCGGUCUGCAGAGAGCUGGGUCUGUCCGACUCGGAGCUGAACAGGAACUCGCCGGUGCUGCUGGAGCUCGUCCGCAGGGCCCGGCAGAAAGACGACCCGGCGGUCCGCUCCCAGGGAGACAGAAGUGGACCCGUCCUGCAGGAACUCUCUCAGAACCAGAUCGGCCGCGCCCGGAGGACCUUUGACGCUCACGACAAGGAUCAGAGCGGCUCUGUGAGAGAAGAGGACCUGAAGUCGGUGUUCACAGACCUGCUGCCCGGCCUGAACAAGAACAUGCUGGAGACGUUUGUGGACGACGAGCUCCGCGCCGCAGACAACAAGAUCGACUUCCAGGCCUUCCUGGCGAUGUACAAACGUCUCUUCGCUCAGUGCAGAAGUGUGGUCGUUUCGGACUCAGAGGAGAGUCGACAUCAAACCAAGAACCCUGAGGAGAAGCCGGGCUCUCCGCCUGUCAGCAAGAUCCCCAGAUUGAAAGGUCAGAAGAGCCAGACAGCAGCUAAGGAACCGGAGCGGGUGCUCCCCCUGCCAAAAAGAGACGUUCCGCAGCAGAACCAGAUGUCUCCGGCGGUGAGCAUGGAGCAUCUGGACCUGGACCUGGAUGAAGGAGAGGACCACGAUGAAGGAGACUCGUUCUUCGACGACCCGCUGCCCAAACCACAGAAGACCUACGGCUGCUCUCCCAUCGGAGAACAGGACCCGUCAGAGACGACCAGCGGUCCAAAGGACGCUGUCCAUCGGCCCGGGCCGCUCGUCUCCCCGAUGAGACGAGGCCGAAGCCUCAGUGAUCUCUCGGUUCUGACUGGCGACCCGGAGCCCGAGCAGAACCAGCCCGUCUCGGGUCACGGCUCGGAGCCCAGGAAGGCGGAGACGUCCGGCGCCAGAGCGAGUCCAGUGGGGUCCGUGAGCGAGGUUCUGAGACCAGCAGGAGGAAGCAGCGGGUCAGAACCGAGCCACAGCAGGAACGGAGUGAAAAACCUCAGAGAGAAAAACCUCAAAGGUCCGAGCGACAGAACCGGAUCUCUGCAGCUGGAUGAAGACGUGGAAUACGACGACGACUUCAACAGCCAUCGGUCGGACCUUUCUAACGGCGAGCUGAGCAUCGGCGAGGAGAUCGAGGAGGUCUCCAUCGAGGGUCCGGAGAUCAGCGACAAGUUUGAUGAAACCACGCAGGACCUGAGCGUCUCUCAGAUCAGCCAGAGCCACGGCGCCGACUACAUGGAGGACGUGUCCUGAAGCUCCCAUCAUGCACCUCUUUGUUUCUGCAUAUUUAAAUCUGUACAGUUUGAGUUAAACAAUAAACGGGUUUGUUUUACCGGGUUCAUUUGGAUAAAAACUCUCUGAGUUUCUUCUUCAAGGACAAACUGGGAGCUUGGAGCAGGAACCAUAUUGAGGCAAUUUUGUUCCGUCAUUGUUGCAAAGAACAUGUUUUGUAAAUGGAAAUUAAAAUAAUAA